AUGCAGGUUGAAGGUGUUGCUCUAGUCCUUGGUGCUGGAAGUGGCAUUGGCUGUGCGAUUGCCAAUACACUUGUUGCGCAAGGCCUCACCACUCUAGUCUGCGCCGACAUCAAUCUUUCCAAAGCCCAAGAAACCGCCACGUCCAGCUACGCAAUCGCAGGGCGAGAGCGUGAAGGCUAUGAGGCAACCGCCUACCAUGUUGACGUCCGUGAGGAGGCGCAGGUGCAAUCGUUGGUAGCGAUAAUCAAGGACCGGUAUGGCCGCAUCGAUAUCUGCAUAACUACAGCCGGGACCCCUGCUGCCAAUCAAACCCCGAUCAGCGAUAUGAGCCUAGAAACCUAUAGGAGCAUGGACGAGGUCCACAAUAUCGGUUGCUUUUUAGUCGUCCGCGAGGUGAUCCGGGCAAUGAUCAGCCAGGAGCUGGUUUUGACUAGACGGCAGAGCCCAACCCGGGGUUCAAUCGUAGUGUUAACCUCGCUGGCCUCGGAAGGGGCCUUUCUUGGGGUGGGUAAUUAUAUUGCGGCCAAACACGCUGUCAAAGGGCUGGUUCAAACCGCCGCUCUUGAAAACGCACGCAAUGGUAUCAGAAUCAACGCCGUCGCUCCCUCGUACGUUUCGGGGCCGUUGAUGGACGAAUUCCUGGACGGUGCACCGGCUGUCAAGGAUGUUAUGCUGGGUGAUUUGCCGAUGAGACGGCUGGCCAACCCGGAGGAGGUAGCCGACGCGGCAGUGUUUCUGGCGUCUCAGGCUGCCAGCUAUAUCAAUGGGCAUACACUGGUUGUGGAUGGGGGAUCAUCAUUGCAAUUGUCAAACCAGCCUUUUUCGUGA